GUCAAAAACAUUUUCCUCAGCACGAGCAGAAAAUGUCAUCAAAGGUUGAAUGGAAAAGAAAGGGAUUAUUGUGAAAAAAAAAAGAUUAAUAAGUUGCAGAAAAUCUGUUUCUGCGUUUCCUAAUUUUUGCCACAGCAGUCUGCAGUUUAGAUGCUCAAAAAUGAAUUUGUUCUCAAGUGCCUUCUUGAAAACUGAAUGGUUUAAUUUGACACUGAUUGAGUGAAGAUGUAAAGACAUGGAGCAUUCAGGCUUUGUGCGACACUGAGCGCCUAUUGGUGUCUGAUUGUUUUCCUGUCUCAGAGAUAAUAUUUGUUUCCAAUUUUGUGCAGCUGUUGUUUGUUGGAGUAAGAGUGCAGAAAGACUGUUUAUUUUGAUAGAUUCCUAUUUUCUUUGCCCUCAUUUUGCAGAAUUUAUCACAUUUGGUCAAAUUCAAAGGAUCAAAUUAACAAAUAAAUGAUAUGUCGCCAAAGAUUGAGGAGAGGACGUGUUCCUGCCACCGUACGUGAUCCUCCUUUAAAAAUAGGAUCAGAAUGGGUUACAACAGAGGGAAAUGUUAUUACACGGAGAUGGUAAAUACUAUUAAAGGUGCUGGAGGGGCCCCUUUAUGGUCGUGGGUUCUGGGCGCUAAUGCGAGCCAACUGCUCCCCAACAGGCCGGAGAAGGGGAGCUCGCUCUUUCCUCUCCUUCCUUUGUUUGGCCAAAAUAACAUCACAAAACCCCGGAGAGAGCGGUAGGAGCGGGAGGGCUCUUUCCAGUUUGAAGCACAAAGAGCAGGAAGGUGGAGAAAGGAAAAAAAGAAAAAGAAAGAGCAAGACGUCACCUGCCAUCUUCUAUCAAGGCAGGUCUGACUGCUGUCUCGUCCAAUUUCUUCAACUCACUCGUGGUGGAAAGUUGGACAAACAAAUGGACAGAGAGAGGGGGGGCUACAGGAAGGGAUGAGUAAUCAUCGAUGGCUCUGGAAUCGGAUUGAUUUUACAUGAGAGACACUGGAUGCGAUGGUGAAAGAUGAGAAGCUGUGCUCCUUCCGACCUCAGCAAUCACUGAAGUUGUACAAGUUAUCUAACAAUCCACCACGAAGGGUUGAAUCCCCGCUGCGAGCCAUCAGGCCUCUGGAAAGUUUGCAUACAACAGCACAAUGGCUUCUGCACAGUGGAGGGGUCCAGUGUUUGGCUGCCUCCUGUUCCUUCUCCUUUGCUUUCAGUGUUCACAAGGUUUCAGCCGUGCGGCACUGCCUUUCGGGCUGGUCAGGCGUGAGCUCUCGUGUGAAGGAUAUUCAAUUGAUCUCCGCUGCCCCGGGAGUGAUGUCAUUAUGAUCGAGACGGCUAACUACGGCCGCACCGAUGACAAGAUCUGCGACGCUGACCCAUUCCAGAUGGAGAAUGUCAACUGUUACCUCCCUGAUGCCUACAAGAUUACAUCACAAAGGUGCAACAACCGUACGCAGUGUGUGGUUGUCACUGGCUCUGAUGUCUUUCCUGAUCCAUGCCCUGGCACCUACAAGUACUUAGAGGUCCAGUAUGAGUGUGUUCCUUAUAAAGUGGAGCAAAAAGUUUUCAUUUGUCCUGGGACUCUAAAAGGAAUCGGAGCAGCCACCUUCCUGUUUGAGGCCGAGCAGCAAGCCGGGUCGUGGUGCAAAGACCCUCUGCAGGCUGGGGACAAAGUCUUUUUCAUGCCCUGGACUCCAUACCGCACAGACAUGCUCUUGGAGUAUGCCUCUCUGGAAGACAUCAAAAACGGUCGUCCGACGACCUCCUAUAAACUGCCGCACCGCGUGGACGGGACAGGCUUUGUUGCGUAUGAUGGUGCCAUCUUUUUUAACAAGGAACGCACACGCAACAUUGUUAAGUUUGACCUCCGCACACGCAUCAAAAGUGGUGAGGCCAUCGUCAACAAUGCCAACUACCAUGACACUUCUCCCUACCGUUGGGGUGGCAAGACGGACAUUGACCUAGCAGUAGAUGAGCGGGGACUGUGGGUUAUCUAUGCCACAGAGCAGAACAAUGGACGGAUAGUGGUGAGUCAGCUCAACCCAUACACGCUCCGCUUCGAGGCUACCUGGGAGACGGCGUACGACAAGCGCUCAGCCUCCAACGCCUUCAUGGUGUGUGGAGUGUUGCAUGUGGUGCGCUCAACGUAUGAGGAGAACGAAAGUGAAGCAAGCCGGAGCCAAAUCGAUUACAUCUACAACACCAAACUGAGCCAGGGCGAGUACACCAACAUCCCCUUCCCUAACCAGUACCAGUACAUCACCGCUGUGGAUUACAACCCAAGGGACAACCAGUUGUACGUGUGGAAUAACUUUUACAUCGUCCGCUACGACCUGGAGUUUGGCCCGCCGGAUCCGGCUGAAGUGCCGGCCAUCGAGGGCGUCUCUGUCUCCUCAUUUACACCCAAGACCACCACAGAGUUCACCUCCACUGUUGCCACCAUGAGGGGCCAAAGUGACACCACUGUUGGGGGAUCAGAUCCAAGAGAAGGAAGAGAUCCCUUUGAGGGCAGCCAGAGCUCCGUAACGUCGGAGCCUACAGUUCCUGAGCUGCCGCAGACGCCAAGGCGCUUCUGUGAGGCGACCAGGAGGAGGGCUAUCGACUGGCCCCAGACUCACACUGGGACCACCGUUGAGAGGCCCUGUCCAAAAGGGACUAAAGGCAUCGCCACUUUCCUCUGCAGUGUUGUGGGGACCUGGUGCUCCAAAGGACCAGACCUGAGCAACUGCACCUCCCACUGGGUGACUCAGGUGGCACAGAAGAUCCGGAGUGGCGAAAAUGCAGCCAAUUUAGCCAACGAGCUAGCGCGGCACACGCAGGGUCCGGUGUUUGCAGGAGAUGUCAGCUCCUCGGUGCGCCUGAUGGAGCAGCUUGUGGACAUCCUGGAUGCUCAGCUGCAGGAACUGAGACCCAACGAGAAGGACUCAGCUGGCCGCAGCUUCAACAAGCUUCAAAAACGAGAGAAGACAUGCCGAGCGUACAUGAAGGCAAUUGUGGACACAGUUGACAACCUACUGAGGCAGGAAGCGCUGAAAUCAUGGAAAGACAUGAAUUCCACAGAACAAACACACGCAGCCACGAUGCUCCUGGAUACCCUGGAGGAGGGCGCGUUUGUCCUUGCGGAAAACCUGAUUGAGCCUGCGAUCGUGAAAGUGCCUGCAGAGAAUAUCAUGCUGGAUGUGUAUGUGUUAAGCACUGACGGUCAGGUGCAGGACUUCAGGUUUCCACAUACGAACAAAGGGGGGGCUACACUUCAACUCUCCUCCAACACGGUGAAAGUCAACAGCAAAAACGGUGUGGCCAAGCUGGUAUUUGUGCUUUACAAGCACCUGGGUCAGUUCCUCAGCACAGAAAACGCCACGCUGAAGGGAAUGGGGGAUCUGAACAAACACAACCUCUCCCUGACUGUUAACUCCCACAUCCUGUCAGCCUCUAUUACAAAGGAGUCCAGCCGUGUGUUUGUGGCCGACCCAGUGAUCUUCACACUCGAACACCUGGAUAAGGAAAACUAUUUCAACCCCAACUGCUCCUUUUGGAAUUACUCGGAGCGAAGCAUGAUGGGAUACUGGUCCACUCAGGGCUGCAAACUGCUGGAAACCAACAAGAGUCACACCACUUGCUCCUGCAGUCACUUGACCAACUUUGCCAUCCUCAUGGCUCACCGUGGAAAUGUGAGAGAUGGGAGUAUGCAUGAAGUUCUCCUCAGCGUCAUCACCAGGAUGGGCAUUGCUGUGUCUCUAGUUUGUCUGGCCAUGAGCCUCUUCACCUUCUGCUUCUUCAGAGGCCUGCAAAGUGACCGCAACACCAUCCACAUAAACCUUUGCAUCAACCUUUUUAUUGGCGAGCUCCUUUUUCUCGUUGGUGUCAACAUGACAGAAGCAGAGCUGUUAUGCUCCAUCAUUGCCGGGAUUCUCCACUUCUGCUUCCUGGCUGCCUUCACCUGGAUGUGUUUGGAAGGCGUGCAGCUUUACCUGAUGCUGAUCGAGGUCUUUGAGAGCGAAGGCUCACGCAUAAAGUAUUACUACAGCUUCGGCUACCUCAUCCCAGCUGUGGUGGUGGGCAUUUCAGCAGCCAUCGACUACAAAAGCUACGGCACAGAGCGAGUAUGCUGGCUGAGGGUGGACAACCAUUUCAUCUGGAGCUUCAUCGGACCUGUAGCCUUAAUAAUAUUUGUCAAUGUCAUCUUCCUGGUGGUGACAAUGUACAGGAUGGUGAAGCAUUCCACCUCCAUGAAACCAGACUCCUCCAGGCUGGGGGGUAUCAGGUCAUGGGUUUUGGGAGCAUUUGCACUCCUCUGUCUUUUGGGGCUCACGUGGUCCUUCGGCUUGUUCUUCCUUAACGAUUCAUCCAUUGUAAUGGCUUACCUCUUCACCAUCUUCAACACAUUGCAGGGGAUGUUCAUCUUCAUCUUCCACUGCCUACUCCAGAAAAAAGUUCGGAAGGAGUACAGCAAAUGUUUCCGUCAGUCUCAGUGCUGUGGCGCUUUGCCAUCUGAGGGCUCCCACAGCUCAGCCAAGGCAGCCACCUCUCGAUCUACAGCCCGCUACUCAUCUGCCACCCAGAGUCGCAUCAGGCGGAUGUGGAACGACACUGUGAGAAAGCAGUCAGAGUCCUCUUUCAUCUCAGGCGACAUAAACAGCACCUCUGCAGUCAACCAGGGGAUGACAGGAAACUACCUCCUAACUAACCCUCUUCUCCGAACCCACGACACUAACCCUUAUAACAACCUGCUCGCAGAAACGGUGGUGUGCAACACCCCCUCUCCACCGGCAUUUCACUCUCCAGGUGCUCAUUUAUCCUCCAACCUUUCGCAAUACCAGCAAGGACAGCACUCCCUCAGCAACAGCAGGGACAUCAGCACCAUGGACACCCUUCCCCUCAAUGGCAAUUUCAACAACAGCUACUCCCUGCGCGACGAUGACUAUGAGGCUGUUGGGGUUCGAGCCCCAGCAGACCUGGGGGGUCUGAACCUGGAUGAUGCUGCCUUUGAGAAAAUGAUCAUAUCCGAGAUUGUCCACAACAACUUAAGGCCCCGUAGGGCUCCCAAAGCCCGCGAUACCCCGAAGGAGAAGGAAAGAGGACUGCCUCCCCAGACCAGGGUCACGGUGGACCGAGGAGGGGGCGGGAGUGGAAGCGAGGAUGACGCCAUUGUGGCAGAUCAUCCCGAGGCCUUAUCGCCAGUGAGAGGAGGUGAAAGAGGGGCCCACACCACGCUGGAGCUACUCCUGCAUCCCCAUCACAAGGAGGUUCUGGAGGCACCCCUUUUACCCCAGAGGACUCACUCUCUGCUCUACAGUGCCCAGAAGGCCCCCAGGCGCCGCGAGGGCCAGAACGGCCACGGCUCUGAGACUGGGAACGCAGAGGAGGACAUGGGCUCUCAUUCACCAAACAAUAACAGAGACUCCCUAUACACAAGCAUGCCAAACUUGAGAGACUCUCCAUCUCCUUCAGCUUCACCGUACCCGCCGGAGGAGGAGGAGGAGCUCUCGCCUUCCCCUCAAAGCGAGAGCGAAGGUGCUUACCACAAAAGCUUGCCUGAGCUCGGGGACGCGGCACAGCCGCUGUCCUACUACCACAUAAACCGAGGCACCAGCGAAGGGUGCAUCGUGCCGCCCAACGCCGAAGACUGUGCGCAGGAGGGGGAGGCACCCACCGACGGACAAAUGCAGCUCAUUACCAGCCUCUGAGCAGGCCACGUAUGUUUGCACAGGUUUGAACAGAUGGGUGCUUUCAGCUGUUGUCCGAAGCGCCCGGCUCCUCACUAGCCCUUCCCGUUAGCACAGGAAGUGAAAGGUUGCUGGACGGCAAAAGGAACGAGUUAAUGACCUUUGCACACAGAUUUCAUUAGCACACAAAACACAUCCAACUAAGGCCAGGCAAAUGUGGGCGUUGGUGUUGCUGCAUUUGGACUAAUGAGGUGCAGAGGAUACCACCGAGGCUGCAGUUUCCAAGAUAAGUCAAGCAUUUCUCUUGUACCGAAAUUGAAGGAUUUAAAAAAAAAACACUCAAAGGAACGCACCAUGAAACUCCUGACAAAUCAUUGGGGGGACUUUUCUGAACCAGGGGCUUUUUAGUCGAGAAGUGGAGAACUAGAAGUAGUGUGGACUCCACUGCAUCGUCAGGACUGUAAAGUAAAGAAACCACUAAUUCAGACUCAGGCCUUAUAUUUUCUCUAUUGCACAUUUAACUAUUGUCAAAAUAACAGCUAAAGAAAAUAUAUUUUGCUGUACCACUGGUGUAAAAAAAGAAAAAAAGAAAAAAACAAACAAAAAAAAGGAAACGGCAACCGUUCAGUAGUUAUGCCCUUUCAAUGUUAGGAUCUUUCAGACAAGGUUAAUAAAAUGGUGGAAAUGUGCUUUUUCCUCUCACACUUGACUUGCUGUAGUAUGUUUGAACAUUAAAAAAAAAAGGUUUUGAGAGAUAUCGGUCCAAAUGAAAAUCAUGCUCACGUCUCUGCUUGUGAAGUGCUUUUGCGUUCAUGGAUUUUUGCCAGUAGUAUCUUUGUCAACACCAGGCCAUGCACAGAUUUUAGACUGAAUUGGAUACUCGUGUAAGUUACUUGAAAUCGAAAACUUUUGUUCAUGUCAUUGCAAUAUAGCCAUCAUGGGAGACAUGUUAUAUCCUUUGACACUAAUUAAUUUAUUAACUUUUCAGAAGAAAAAAAAAAAAAACAACAACAAAAAGGUUGGGAAGUGUGAAAAGUUGCAGCACUGAUUAGGUUGAUCUUCUUUCUUUUGUAAGACCCAUCAUCAGCUGAUAUUUAAUUCAACUCCUGUUUGAUAUCAAAUAAAUGUGAAUUUUUUCUUGUUCGCAGAUGCCUGGUUGCUUAUUGUUUGAAAUUAAGUUUGGAUGAAAAAGCAAUAAAACAAACAAAUGAUGCAUUGCGAAAUUCCUGCAAUGUGCACUCUUA